UCCUCCUGUGGCUCCUGUGCUUAGUUGUGCAUCUCUGUUCUCACAAUGGCGCCGAAGAAGAAGGAAGAGCCCAAAGAAGCACCCAAACCCAAGGCCCCAGAGCCUGAGCCCGUCAAGAUCCCGGAGUUUAACCCUGCAGAAGUUGUGCUUGAAUUCACCCCUGAGCAAAUUGAAGAUUUCAAGGAUGCUUUCCAGCUGUUCGACAGGACACCACUCAAUGAGAUGAAGAUCACGUACGGACAGUGUGGUGAUGUGAUCAGGGCACUGGGGCAGAACCCCACCAACGCAGAAAUCAUGUACGUCCUUGGAAAGCCCAAGCCUGAGGAAAUGGCGACAAAGAUGCUGGACUUCGACAGCUUCCUGCCAAUCCACCAACACAUUUGCAAAGCCAAGGACCGCGGCACAUAUGAGGACUUUGUUGAGGGUCUGAGGGUGUUCGACAAACUGGGCGAUGGCACAGUCAUGGGCGCUGAGCUCAGGCACGUCCUGGCAUCACUGGGUGAAAAGAUGAAGGAGGAUGAGGUUGAGCAGCUCAUGACAAACCAGGAGGACGCCAACGGCUGUGUAAACUACGAAGCUUUUGUAAAACACGUCAUGGCAUCUUAA